AUUCUGGGGAUAUUAUGGGAGAAGUCACAAGGACCCAUCAAGCCAUUCAGUGAGUACUUUAGACCAUUUACUUCAUGAUUUGCAGUCUCUAAUAUUAAUCUGACAUCUGGUUUAUAUGAUUCACGUUUUCUCUUUCAAAUUAAUCAAAAACACAGAUCACUUGAUAAAACAAUUUCAACGUUGGAGAUGGAACUAGCUGUGGCUCGUACCAGCCACAUGAGUGGCCUGGGUUCACAUGAAGGAGCAACCGGUCGCAGUUUACAGAAGGCAUUUGUUGUGAUUGGGAUCAAUACUGGCUUCAGCAGCAGGAAACGGAGAGACUCCCUUCGAGAAACAUGGAUGCCAAAAGGAGCCGAACUUAAGAAGCUGGAGAAGGAGAAGGGAAUGGUUAUUCGGUUUGUAAUUGGGCACAGUGCGACACCAGGAGGUGUACUUGACAAAGCAAUUGAUGCUGAGGAUGCUGAAUACAAAGACUUCCUUCGACUGAAGCAUGUAGAGGGCUACCAUGAGCUCUCCACGAAGACCAGGUUGUAUUUCUCCACUGCUGUCUCCAUCUGGGAUGCUGAUUUCUACGUCAAGGUAGAUGAUGACAUUCAUGUCAAUUUGGGAAUGCUUGCAAGCAGACUAGCGCAAUACAGAUCCAAACCAAGAAUAUAUAUUGGGUGCAUGAAGUCUGGACCGGUUCUUUCCCAAAAGGGAGUGAAAUAUCACGAGCCAGAAUUUUGGAAGUUUGGAGAAGAGGGGAACAAGUACUUCAGGCAUGCCACGGGCCAAAUCUAUGCCAUUUCCAAGGAUCUUGCUGCUUAUGUAUCUAUCAAUGCACCCAUUUUGCAUAGAUAUGCCAACGAAGAUGUUUCUCUGGGGUCAUGGUUAAUCGGCCUAGAAGUCGAACAUAUUGAUGACCGUUCGAUGUGUUGUGGGACCCCUCCAGACUGUGAAUGGAAGACACAGGCAGGAAAUGUAUGUGUAGCAUCCUUCGACUGGUCAUGCAGUGGAGUAUGCAAGUCUGUGGAGCGGAUGAAAGAUGUACACAAUACAUGUGGGGAAGGAGAGAGGGCCGUUUGGAAUGUCGAUAUUUUCACAAAGAAUUAGAGAGAGAGAGAGAGAGAGAGGCAA